UUUUAAGCCGCAGCCGAAUUGUUUAGUGUCAGUCGUCCUCGCCUCCGCCGUUGAUGUUUGUCCGCUCAGGUCUCUCGGGCUUCAACCGCCAAAUUCGCGAAAAAUUUGUUUUUUUGCAAAUUAGCUCUGACGCUAUCAUCAGUGUUUCAUCAUUCAAAAGGAAGUGUCCCGUUAUGCAACCUGAAGAAAAAUCUGACAACGAACAACCGGCAGCAAAGAAAAUGAAGGUCGAUGGAAAAUGUGUAAUGCGUUGGGCCAAGCUAACUGAGAAGGCUUUUGAACCCGUUCGUGGUUCUGAACAUGCUGCUGGUUUCGAUUUACGCAGUGCUUAUGAUCUAACUGUACCGGCCCGGGGUAAAGCAGUCGUAAAGACUGACUUGCAAAUUGAAGUGCCCAAUGGUUCAUAUGGAAGAGUGGCACCUCGCUCUGGUCUUGCAGUUAAAAACUUUAUCGAUGUUGGCGCUGGUGUUAUAGACGCGGAUUAUCGUGGUAAUCUGGGUGUAGUACUCUUCAAUCACUCUGAUCAAGAUUUUGAAGUAAAACAAGGUGAUCGUAUUGCGCAGUUGAUCUGCGAACGGAUUUUCUACCCUGAACUGGAACAAGUCGAUGCAUUGGAUGAUACUAAAAGGGGAACAUGUGGUUUUGGUUCAACUGGUGUUAAAGAUUUACCAGCAGAGGCUAAAAAUGAAGAAGCCAAUGGAAAAUAAAUUUCAUUUAUGUAUUUCACAAUUCGAAGCAAGUUGUUGCUGCGAAUUUGUAUCUAGUGGUUAAGUUUUGUAUUCAUCGUUUUUUCAAUAUAAAUAAAAACACGUAAUCUAUCCAUAUAUAUGUAUAUAAAA